AUGCUUCGCCUGCCUCGCUGCCUUCGUGUCGCGCCACGGGCGCCGCCUGCCCCAUGGGCCCAGAGCCGCCACUUCGCGGUGGUGCGGCACGACUGGAAGCGAGAAGAGGCAUUCCAGCCAAUCUUUCGCCAUUUGCCACAGAUCGGCGACAUCUACCACCAGCCCUUGCUGGAGUUGGUCUUCCAAGCGGCUUCGGUCCAUCGGCAAUUCUUUGACCCCAAGGAGGUUCAGCAAAGCACCUUGCUGUCCAUCAAGACAGGUGGCUGUGGUGAGAACUGUGGCUACUGUUCCCAAAGCCAAAGCUUCAAGACCUCAGUGAAGCCCACGCAUAUGAUGAAAGUGGAUGAGGUCUUGGAAGCUGCGCGGAAGGCUAAGGAUGCUGGGUCCACACGGUUCUGUAUGGGCACUGCUUGGCGAGGCGUUGGUCAGAAGAACUCCUUUCAGCAUAUCUUGACCAUGGUGAAGGAAGUCUCUGGCAUGGGCAUGGAAACUUGCUGCACCCUUGGCCUCCUAAAUGCCGAGCAAGCCAAGCAGUUGAAGGACGCAGGCCUCACAGCCUAUAACCACAACUUGGACACGAGCCCGGAGCACUACCCAAAUAUCGUGUCGACCCGUACCUAUGCGGAUCGCUUGGAGACCUUGGCCAACGUCCGCGAGGCAGGUAUCAGCGUUUGCUGCGGGGGGAUUUUGGGCAUCGCCGAGACCCAGGAGGACCGAAUUGGCUUGAUUCACACCUUGGCUACGCUCCCAGAGCAUCCAGAGUCAGUGCCCAUCAACGCCUUGGUGCCCAUUGAAGGCACCCCUUUGGGUGAUCGACAGAUCAAGAUGGGCACGGCAGUGACCUGGCGGGACAUGGUGCGCUCGAUUGCCACAGCGCGGAUUGUGAUGCCCCAGUCCAUGGUGCGACUCUCUGCUGGACGCAUGGAGUUCUCACAGGAGGCGCAAGCGAUGAUGUUCAUGGCAGGGGCGAACUCGAUCUUUACGGGGGACAAACUCCUCACCACUGCCAACCCCAAAUUUUCCGAGGACGCCGCCAUGUUUGAAGCCUUGGGUUUGCGGGGAAAGAAGCCCUUCACGGGUCCGACAGCUCACCUCCGCCCCCACUGGGCUGACCGAGCGGUCGGAUCCGAGCUGCCGAUGGGGACGGUACAGGGAACCACGGUGUCGGGCCCGCGGGAGGUGGCCUUCUGA